CUGCUAGCCCCCAGAGCAGCCCACACAAGAGCUCAGGGCGCGGGGAGCAAGCUCAGACCGCCGCCGCCGCCCCGCCGCCACCGACGACACUCCGCCUCGCUCCGCCCGGCACCUCGCCGCCGACACCAUGGCGAACAUCCGCGUCCUCUCCGACGACGUGCACUACACCGAGGAGCACAUCCUGGCCAAGGUCCAGUACGAGACGGCGCACUGCAAGCGGACCGGCGACACAAUCCAGGUGACGCCUCGGCGCCGGUGGCUGGAGGUGCGCACGGCGCGCCGGCCGCAGCGCACGGGCGUGAUGCUGGUGGGCUGGGGCGGCAACAACGGCACGACCCUCACGGCGGCGCUGCUGGCCAACCGCGCCGGGCUCCGCUGGGAGACCAAGGAGGGCGAGCGCCGCGCCGACUGGCUGGGCUCGCUCACGCAGUGCGCCACGCUGCGGGUGGGCUCGGACGACGACGGCAAGGACGUGUGGGCGCCGAUGAGCGGGGUGGUCCCCCUGCUGCACCCGGACGACCUGGAGGUGGACGGCUGGGACGUGUCGAGCCUGGACCUGGCCGCGGCCGCGCGCCGCAACCGCGUGCUCGACGUGGAGGUGCAGCGCGCGCUCGCGCCCCAGCUGCGCGAGCUGCGGCCGCGCGCCGCCGCCUUCGACUGCAGCUUCGUGGCCGCCAACCAGCAGGAGCGCGCCGACAACGUGCUGCCGGGGACGCGAGCGCAGCAGGUGCAGCGGCUCCGCGAGGACAUCCGCGACUUCAAGAAGGCCAAGAGCCUGGAGCGGGUGGUCGUGCUGUGGACCGCCAACACGGAGCGCUUCGCCGAGGUGCGGCCGGGGCUCAACGACACGGCCGACAACCUGCUCGCCUCCAUCGAACGCAACGAGACGGAGGUGUCCUCGUCGACUCUGUAUGCCGUCGCCGCCAUCCUGGAGGGCUGCACCUACAUCAACGGCUCCCCGCAGAACACGCUGGUGCCCGGCUGCCUCGAGCUGGCGGAGCGACACGGCACGCACGUGGUCGGCGACGACCUCAAGACGGGCCAGACCAAGCUCAAGUCGGUCCUCGUCGACUUCCUGGUGAGCGCCGGCAUCAAGCCCACGUCCAUCGUGAGCUACAACCACCUGGGCAACAAUGACGGCAAGAACCUCUCCGCGCCGCACACCUUCAGGUCCAAGGAGAUAACAAAGAGGAACGUGGUGGACGACAUGGUGGACUCCAACCCCAUCCUGUACGCGCCCGGCGAGCACCCGGACCACGUGGUCGUCAUCAAGUACGUGCCGUACGUGGGCGACAGCAAGCGCGCCAUGGACGAGUACACGGGCGAGCUCAUGUUCGGCGGCCGUCAGACCUUCGUCGUGCACAACACGUGCGAGGACUCGCUGCUCGCCGCCCCCCUGCUCCUCGACCUCGUCGUCCUGGCCGAGUUCUGCACCCGGGUGGGCUUCCGCCCCGCCGGCGACGACGAGUACGUCCCCUUCCACUCGGUGCUCGCCCUGCUGAGCUACCUCGUCAAGGCCCCCAUGGUGCCCAGGGGGACCGUGGUCAACUCGCUGUUCCGCCAACGAGCCUGCAUCGAGAACGUGCUGAGGGCGUGCGUCGGCCUCGGCCCGGAGAGCAACAUGCAGCUCGAGCACAAGCUUGCCAGCCCCACCGUGUGAUAGCACCCCCUCCCCCUCCCCUCCCCCUCCACCCUCCCCUUCCCCCGGCCGGCGGGACCGCAUCCUAUCAACCACUGAAACAAAACGACUCCCGGAUAUCAGAGCAUCUCUCCCCAGCAGGAGGAAAUAUCUCUGUGCGACACUUCACGCAGAAAUGAAAUCAAGUUGCGCGGCUGAAAUGUAUCUCUCAAUGUCAUAUGUCUCUCCAGCAUCCUACCUGUCUGUCUUUCUUUCUUCCUGUCUGUUUGUCUGUGUAAGUGUGUGUGUGUGUGUAUUUGUGUGUGUGCGUGCACGCGUGCGUGUGUAUAUAGAAUGUUAUAGAGGUCAUUCCAUAUAAUAUAAAAUAAUGUUGUUCCCUGUGUGCUCUCUAGUGGAUCGUUAAUGAUUGAAGAAAUAUUUGUGCCAGUGUAAUGCAACAGGCACCCAGAAAAUGCUUUCUUCAAAUCAGAGGAGGUGGAAAAUAAACCCGCGCGUUGUUCAAAAGUUAAUGUGCGAUUUAAUUAUUCAAUAAAUUGUCAUAUGGAAAGGUGGACUUUCUAGUUUACAGGCAGAAAUUCUAAUGAUUUAAAAACUACUGUCCCUGCUUUGAAGAAAAGGAAUCGUUUUCUGAGUGUGGAUAUGAGCAAAAUUUGUCGUGGUAGUUUUAGAUUGUGUUUCAAGUAUACUGUCAAAUAAAUGAUUAAGGAGAUCAUA